CGCCAAAGAUGCAUCACGGCGUGUCUGAAUUCACAUCAGUCCGACUCGCAGGGUGAUUCAAAUUGUUGCCGAGUCGGGUCUGCCAGCGUCCGCAGACCUCGGCCUGGAAUGGCUAUAUUUGUCUCCGGGCCGUGUGCUUGGUACUGGCACAGUGCUUCCUCGUUUUGUUCUAGAUUAACUUGGUUAUAUUUCCAUUUAGAUCGCUUUCCAUGAUCAGGCUAUUCGCAGCGUUACGAAAAUGACCUCGCGUUCCCCAGACCAGCUCCGCAUUCUUGGUCUCGUUUUCGGAAUUGCGUUCGGCGGCAUAGCUACCAGCACAUUCAGGGAGCGCAUGCCCUUGAGAUUACGAUGUCACGCCGUCAUGGAUCCCGGUGCAGCUGUCGGCAUAACCACCAGCUAUUCCACGGCUUCCCAGCUUUCCAGUGGCGUUUGACUUAGUCGUGGGUUUUAUGUCUCGGCAAUCUCUCACGGCCGCCCAAGACUUCAUCGCUGCGGGGAUGUCAACAAUACAUUUAUCGCUGUCGUCUUGCUAUAGCUCCCGGGAUAUGCUCUCCGCUGGACGGAAUGUUUUCUUAGGCCAGCCUAUGUUGUGGUGAUGUUCUUCAUGGGCUUAUAUGGCAUGGUCUGGGACAUACCCUGCUUGGGCAGGCUACCACGUGAGUCUUGUCGCGCCUUUACCUUCACCUUCUUGAUCACUUCUUCCAUCCAUCACUCAAUCAUCUCGCGCCACUGUUUCCGGGCGUAGAAAUUGCCAAAUUCGUGAAGCCGAAGUUAAGAUGAACAUGGAACCUGUAUUGCGUAGACUGGUUUGCGCGUUCUGGAGCAGAUCUCCACCCACACGGUUGGCUUGUUCGCUCCACCGGGAU